CUUCCGGGUUGUUAGCGCGGACUCAGACCACUUUUUCCCUGCGCGCUGUGCACAUGCGCGACGGCUCCUUUUCCCUCCUUCCGCCACUUCCACUAGGUUGUACCGUCCAGGGAGCCGCCGGCACCGCUGCCGCGAAGUCGGGAAGUUCAAGAUGGCCGCCGCGGAGACCCAGGCGCUGCGGGAACAGCCGGAGUUGGAAGAUGCUGAUAAUUCUGAAAAGAGUGUCAAUGAAGAAAAUGGAGAAGUAUCAGAAGACCAAUCUCAAAAUAAACACAGUCGUCACAAAAAAAAGAAACAUAAACACAGAAGUAAACAUAAGAAGCAUAAACAUUCCUCAGAAGAAGACAAGGAUAAAAAACAUAAGCAUAAGCAUAAACACAAGAAACAUAAAAGAAAGGAAAUUAUCGAUGCUUCAGACAGAGAGGGGAUGUCUCCAGCAAAAAGAACUAAACUCGAUGAUUUAGCUUUGCUGGAAGACUUGGAGAAGCAGAGGGCCUUGAUUAAAGCUGAACUUGAUAAUGAGCUGAUGGAAGGGAAGGUCCAGUCUGGGAUGGGACUUAUUUUACAAGGCUACGAGUCUGGCUCUGAAGAGGAAGGGGAGAUUCAUGAAAAGGCCAGAAAUGGGAAUAGGUCAAGUACUAGAUCUUCUAGUACAAAGGGCAAACUUGAAGUUGUGGACAAUAAAAAUAGUACAAAAAAACGAAGUAAAAGCAGAUCCAAAGAACGGACUAGACAUAGGUCGGAUAAAAAGAAAAGUAAGGGAGGUAUUGAAAUAGUUAAAGAGAAAACAACCAGGAGCAAGUCGAAGGAGAGGAAGAAGUCCAAAAGUCCAUCCAAGAGAAGUAAGUCUCAAGACCAAGCAAGAAAAUCAAAGUCCCCUGCCCUUAGGAGGCGAUCUCAGGAGAAGGUGGGCAAGGCCAGAUCGCCUGCUGAUGAAAAGGUGAAAAGUGAGGAUAAAAGUAAGACAAGAGAUAGGAAAAAAUCCCCGAUUAUAAAUGAAAGUAGAAGUCGAGAUCGAGGUAAGAAGUCCAGAUCCCCAGUUGACCUGCGAGGUAAAUCCAAAGACAGAAGGUCGCGGUCCAAAGAGAGAAAAUCAAAGCGCUCUGACCUCGAUAAGGAGAGGAAGCCCAUCAAGUCGCCCUCGAAGGACGCUUCCUCUGGGAAAGAGAACAGGUCACCCAGUCGAAGGCCUGGCCGCAGUCCUAAGAGAAGGAGUCUGUCUCCAAAGCAGCGCGAUAAGGCCCGGAGAAGUCGCUCUCCACUCUUGAACGACAGAAGAUCUAAGCAGAGCAAGUCGCCUUCUCGAACUCUGUCCCCGGGUAGAAGAGCCAGGAGCCGAUCUUUGGAAAGAAAGCGCAGGGAGCCAGAGAGGAGGCGACUUUCUUCUCCAAGAACGCGCCCUCGGGAGGAGCUCCUCAGCAGGCGGGAGAGGUCCAAGGACGCCAGCCCCAUCAGCAGGUGGUCCCCGACCAGGAGGAGGAGCCGCUCUCCCAUCAGAAGGCGCUCCCGCUCCCCACUCAGGCGCAGCAGGUCUCCCCGGCGAAGGAGCAGGUCUCCCCGGAGAAGAGACAGAGCCCGGAGGAGCAGGUCACGCUUGAGGAGGAGGUCUCGAUCGCGGGGCGGCCGUAGACGGAGGAGCAGAAGCAAAGUGAAGGAGGACAAAUUCAAAGGCAGUCUUUCAGAAGGGAUGAAGGUGGAGCAGGAGUCUUCAUCUGAUGACAACCUCGAAGAUUUUGAUGUAGAGGAAGAAGAUGAAGAAGCACUAAUAGAACAGAGAAGAAUACAGAGGCAAGCGAUUGUCCAGAAAUACAAGUACCUGGCUGAAGACAGCAACAUGUCUGUGCCGUCAGAACCCAGCAGCCCCCAGAGCAGCACUCGAACGCGAUCGCCCUCUCCAGAAGACAUCCUGGAGCGGGUCGCUGCGGAUGUUAAAGAGUACGAGCGAGAAAACGUUGACACAUUUGAGGCCUCAGUAAAAGCCAAGCAUAAUCUCAUGACAGUUGAACAAAAUAAUGGUUCAUCUCAGAAGAAGCUGUUGGCCCCUGAUAUGUUUACAGAAUCUGAUGAUAUGUUUGCUGCAUAUUUUGAUAGUGCUCGUCUUCGGGCCGCUGGCAUCGGGAAAGAUUUCAAAGAGAACCCCAACCUCAGAGACAACUGGACCGAUGCGGAAGGCUACUAUCGUGUGAAUAUAGGUGAAGUCUUAGACAAGCGUUACAACGUGUAUGGCUACACCGGGCAAGGCGUGUUCAGCAAUGUUGUGCGCGCCAGGGAUAACGCAAGAGCCAACCAGGAGGUGGCUGUGAAGAUCAUCAGGAACAACGAGCUCAUGCAAAAGACGGGUUUAAAAGAACUGGAGUUCUUGAAGAAACUUAAUGAUGCUGAUCCCGAUGACAAGUUCCACUGUCUGCGACUCUUCCGACAUUUUUAUCACAAGCAGCACCUCUGUCUCGUGUUUGAGCCUCUCAGUAUGAAUUUACGAGAGGUAUUAAAAAAGUAUGGUAAGGAUGUAGGUCUGCAUAUUAAAGCUGUAAGAUCUUACAGUCAGCAGCUCUUCCUGGCACUGAAACUCCUUAAAAGAUGCAACAUCCUGCAUGCGGAUAUCAAGCCAGACAACAUCCUGGUUAAUGAAUCGAAAACGAUUUUAAAGCUCUGUGAUUUCGGAUCAGCUUCCCACGUUGCAGACAACGACAUAACGCCUUACCUUGUCAGUAGAUUUUAUCGUGCUCCCGAGAUCAUUAUAGGUAAAAGCUAUGACUAUGGGAUAGAUAUGUGGUCUGUAGGCUGUACCUUAUAUGAACUCUAUACCGGAAAAAUCUUGUUUCCUGGUAAAACCAAUAACCACAUGUUGAAGCUUGCCAUGGAUCUCAAAGGAAAGAUGCCAAAUAAGAUGAUUCGGAAAGGUGUAUUCAAAGAUCAGCAUUUUGAUCAAAAUCUCAACUUCAUGUACAUAGAAGUUGAUAAAGUAACAGAGAGGGAGAAAGUUACUGUCAUGAGCACCAUUAAUCCAACUAAGGACCUAUUGGCUGACUUGAUUGGGUGCCAGCGACUUCCUGAAGACCAGCGUAAAAAAGUACACCAGCUGAAGGACUUGUUGGACCAGAUCCUAAUGUUGGACCCAGCUAAACGAAUUAGCAUCAACCAGGCCCUACAGCACGCAUUCAUCCAGGAAAAAAUUUAAGCAAGAUGAAGAAACUGCAAGGGUUUGAGUAAUUAAUACAAAGACUGAAGAAAUUUCACAGCAGUUUAUUAUUAAUGUAUAUAAACUUAUAAAUAUUUCUCCAGCAAAUUUGAGGAAGCAUGAUAUAUUUGAAUUAACACCAAGGGUGAUAUUUCUUUUAGAAAUGUUAGUUAAUCUGUUUUGUGUCUUACGUGAAGUUUCACUGUAGAACUGUUUUAGUUGCCGAGACUGCACAGGAUUAUAGUGCUAAUGUAUAUGGUUGCAGUUCACAUAAAGACAACAGCUUCUGUUAUACAUGAGUAGCAAUGCCGGGUGGUUGAUUCAUUUGUAGCAGACUUGGCUGCAUUUGGGCUCCCGAUGAAAUGGCCAGCAUAAAUGCUGUUUAUAUUCACGUUUUCCUAGGUGUGUGUGUGCAGGCCACGGCAGCAUGCCCUGGGCGUAGUCAGUGCCGAAGGGGGCUGUUCCUUCUGAGCCUGCCUCAGGAUUCUGCUCUUUUAACGCAGGUUGUGUACAGCAUUCAGUACACUGAAGGUAAGCCGCCAUCAACAUCACUGGUGUUGUAAGGUGUGAAUUUAUUGGAAUAAUUGACAAAUGAGGGAUCUUAGCUUUGUGGCAGAAUUCCCUGCAUGUGUGAUAACUGAUCUUGUUUUAUUUUCUGGCAUUGCAACUGUGGCAUAGUUAUAAUUUCUGUUCUGUUCAUCACAUUUAAAAUUUGAAGAGUAUGCGCUUGAUGGGUAGAGCGCCUUCAGUGUACUGUUUCUUAUAACUUUCCUUUUUUAAAUCAACUUGCUAUAGACUUUAUAUACAUUUUGUUAAAUACAGUUCCUAGUGACCUAGAAACAAUGCAUAGUUUUCAUUUACUAAUUACAAAUGUUGAGGCCUAAUUCUGAAAGUCCUCAUAUUUAAAGGUUAGAUAGACAACAUAAUGAAAUUUUUAACUAUUUGUAUGUCAUUUUGAAAGUGUACUGCUUUAUGGUAACAAUGUUUUUCAUUUGUUCAUUGUUUUCAUUAUUUGUGAUCAUGUUGUCUUUCAAUACAGGCAUAAACCUUCCACUCUUGAACAAAGCAGCUGCUUUUUAAAAGCGGUAAUUGCUUCUUUACCUUUUAUUUCUUUUGUAAAUGAAGCUUUUCUUUGAGACUGUGACCUUAAAGUGUUGUCUAUUGCAUAAAACAGUUGACACUCACUUAUUGUAAAGUGGAGACUGCUCUGCUGCAUGCGAGGCGGCCAUGCAGAGCUCUGUGUGUUUUCAGUCUGCAUCUCUAUAGAUAAUAAAGUCUUCUGUGAACAAGGCAUUCGUAGCCAUUUUUAAAAGUUUUGUCUGCAGUCCUGGUAAGUCAGGUAAACCGUAGUUAAAAGAGACCUUUUUUCCCUGGAAAGCUUUUAUUGAUAGUAUUGUUUUAAAGAUUUAAGUCUAGCUAGUUGAUCAUUUUAUUAGUAACUAGGGUGCUAAUUAUUUCAUCCAGAAAAGCCCUACAAUUAUUGUCAGCUUUCAGAGUAGUCAGAUUAUUCCUUUAGGUCAUGGGAUAUAAUUCAGGAUUUAACUAAUGUUUCUGCUAUUUUCUCACUUUUCCUUUUGAUGGUGCGGAAAGAGAAAAAGGAAAACGGGGCACAGGCCAUUCACCGCCUUCUCCAAGGGGUCUGAUUUGCUGAGACACCAGCUUCACCUUCUUAACAAGGUUAUUUCUGACAGCAUGUGUAGAUAAACAUUUAGCAACAAUUUAAAACAGAAUCAUGUAAAUCAACCUGGUUGUAUGACAAGGGAAUUCUAUUUUUAACAUGGUAGAAGACAAUGUCCAAAAGCGUACGUAAUCUUUUCUGUUUUGGGGUUAAUGUUUGUCUCCCUGAGAAACAAUCCGAUUGAAGGGGCUUAAGUAAUAUUUUUACAUUGUAAAUGGGAUUUUUUUAUUCACCCAGGCACCUAAUUACAACAAGCAUGCACGUUUUGGUGCAUUCAAGAAUGGAAAAUCAGAAUAGCAGCAUUCUCCUGGUGGGCUUUGCUCCAUUUAAAGACAUGGCAGGAACUGCACAGCCAGGAAGGUGAUAGAUGAUCUAAAAAGCCAGCCCGACCCACGCCCCGUGUCUCCAUGGUUUAGACCUAAAUAAGUCAAGGUGAUUGUUCUCAUCCGCAGGUGGAGUGAUGCCCUGUAAAGCGGGCGUCACGGCUGCAGCGCGCCCACCUUGAGGCUGUGGGUAGGGGCCCCCACCGUGGUUUAUUUCCGUGCAAUAGUCUCUAGCAGUUACUUUCACUGCAAAACAGUUACAUUUUAAUGCUUCUGGUGAUUUUCUUGGCUUCAUUGUAGAUAAUUGUUUAGUAAGUUAACUUUCCCUAGAAACAGUUCAUCAUAUACCUUCGAGAUUAUUGCCUGUUCUUUAAAAAACAAAGUUGCUUGUUACUUGUUCUUUGUGUUUUAGGUGCAGCUCAGUGGAAGAUGAUGACAACCAGAAGACAUGAGCUAAGGUUUCUGUCCUAUAAAAGAUUAAAAAAAACUUUUCCUUUUAGUUUUGUCUUACUUUUUAGUUCCCAGCAUUAUGAUUUGGGUUUCCCUAGUGCUUGGUAUUUAGAACGGUAGCGCUGAUCAUGGUGUCCAUCUGUAAGUGCUUGCUUCAUCAUACUACUCGGCUCUCCUUCCUCUCCCGCUCCUCCGAGAUAGCCGUUGGGGGGUGAGGGCCCCGUCAGGGUGGGAUCCUAAGGGUCACCGAGGAGCGGCAGGUACCCGAGUCAGCGCCUGCGGUACUCCUGAACUUCCGGCAGAUGGCGGAAGACUCAGAAUUGGCAUUGAAGAGGACUGCUCAGCUGCUUUAAUUCCUGUUCUUUGAUUAUCCUCUAGUAACCUAAUUUCAGCAAGUGUUCUGGUCAUGGUCUGAACCUAGACAAGAUAUUCAGAGCUGUUGUUGGUUUUUCUUAGGGAAAAUGAGAAAAGUGAUACUGUGAUUUCCUAUGACCAAAUUUCGUUUCCUGAAUUUGUCUGUUUAAAGAGAACCCUAUAAACUCUCGUAUAUACAUAUACAGGGUUUUGUCUGAACUUGUAAUUCAGCUGAGACAGAAAUUUGGAACUUCUAAAGAUCUGUUCAAUUGAGAUCAUCCUGCUUAACAAACUUCAUGCUUGUCAGAAUAACUUAGUUUUCAGAUAUAGUUAUCUGUCUGAGGUUUUGGCUUUCGUAUACUUUAUGGCAAAAAUGCUGUCAAGUGACUCAGACUUCAUGGAAGCCUUAGGCAAAAUGCUCAAAGGUGUUACUGUUCUUUCUGGAACUGGGGGAGAACGGUAGAGCGCAGACAUUUUAGACGCCUUGUGAGUAGGGCUGUUCUCAAAGGCCGUCAGACGGCUGUGAAAGCUUGGGGCGGGCAGCAUCUUGUUAGAGUGAGACCCCGUGUUGGCAUCCACCCCGGGUUCUUAUAGCACCACCCCCCGUCACCCUCCAGUGGCUUCCUCAGUUCACUCUACUUCCCAAACUGUGUAUUGUAAAGUUUUCACCUUACCAUUGUAAUUGCUACUUUUUUCCUAACAAAAUAAACAUUCAGGACAUUCUUACAAUACAGAAUAUGUGCGGUUUUAUAGUAUGUGGUGGGGGCAGAGAAAUUCAAUGUCUCAGGUCUAGCGCCUCUGCGCUGUUCACCUGUGUUUUAUCAUCAUCUGUCCAUAGAACUCCAGCUGCGUAGUCGGAAGUGAAACCUCAGAAAUCCGGGGCAGCUCCAGGGUCGCAGUAUCAUUUAGGGUAGUAAACAGGUAGAGACAGUCCCUUUACGUGUCAGCAGGGGAUGCAGCUGAAGUUAGGUGUAGCUUCCUUCCCUCGGGAUCAGACAGCGUCACCGAAGGGUGCUGUCGCUAUACCUAGUUCCAGCGUACACCCAGCGUGAGUUUUACCCUAUGAAACGUCCUCCUUAGAGAAACGUUUACAUCAGGCUCAUUGUGUUUUUUACCUAUCAGUGAUGUACACUAAAUGGCUUUAAAGUGUUUUCCGGUUAUUUUGAGGACUCACUGUGGCACCCUUAAUUUUUCUUCUCCUUCUGUAUGUAGGGUAAGGGACUUUCUUCUGAAGAACCUUUCCGUUUAGUGACCAAGAUGCAGAAGCUGGUCUCUGGGGAUCCGCCAUGUGUGUCCUAACUGUUGAUGUUCCCACUCUGAAUUGUGACGUGCAUUUUAGCAGCACACAUUGCUGGCUGACUUUCUGGAAACAAUAAAGUCCACCUGCUGUUACCA